CCAACGCUCAUCAAUAGCAGUUGCAACCAAACCAAAAGGCUUCUUCUUCUUCUCUUUCUCACGAUCUUCCGCACCGAAGCUUCUCUCUCUCUCUCUUCUCCGCCAUUGUUGAACCACUUUUUCAUCACACAUAAACCCUAACUUCAUUAACACACCAUCACAAAAAUGGGGAUAUGCUUAUCAACAAAAUCACCGCCACGAAGAAACCUCUCAAAACGCGUAACAAACAACACCAAUUCAAGCAGCCGAUGGUCUCGUGUUCGAUCUUCUUCGAUUAAGCGAGAGAAGUUCGACGAUUCUGUUAUUCAUGAACAUGCAAUCGCUGCCGCUCUGCUUUUCCAGCAGCAGAAUGGCGGUGUGUUGCCGUUUGAUCGAUCGAGUUCUCUACGUCAUGUUCCGAACUCCAAGCGUCAUCAAUCGCUGCCAAGGAGUUCGAGUACUCGGGCUCGGUCGCUUACUGAUCCUCUGCUUCCUCCUCAACAGUUGCUUAAUCAGGAUGUGAAUGCUGAUGAAUUGGAGGUUAGUCAUAUCGUGCUUGUUCAUGGAGGAGGUUUUGGAGCCUGGUGUUGGUACAAAACAAUUGCACUAUUAGAAGAAUGUAAAUUUAGAGUUACUGCUAUUGAUUUAACUGGUUCUGGAAUUGAUCUGUUUGACGCCAAUGGCAUUCAAAGUCUUUCGCAGUAUGUGGCGCCACUCACAGAUUUCUUGGAGAAGCUUGCAGAUGGAGAGAAGGUGAUUUUGGUAGGCCAUGACUUUGGUGGUGCAUGCAUAUCAUAUGCAAUGGAACUAUAUCCAUCUAAAAUCGCUAAAGCUAUCUUUAUCGCUGCUUCUAUGUUGAAAAGUGGACAAAGUACUCUUGAUAUGUUCUCCCAGAAGGAAAAUUCAAACGAUCUCAUGAGGCAAGCCCAAAAGUUCCUCUACACAAACGGCAACAAUUUGCCUCCAACUGCAAUAGAUCUUGACAAAACGCUCUUGAAGGACCUUUUAUUCAAUCACAGUCCUGCCAAGGAUGUAGCAUUGGCUUCUGUCUCAAUGAGGCCAAUUCCAUUUCCACCUGUUUUGGAAAAGCUGUCUCUCACAGACGCAAACUAUGAAUCAGUCAGACGAUUCUACAUACAAACUCCGGAAGACAAUGCCAUUCCCAUAACUCUACAAGAAAGCAUGAUAAACGAAAGCCCGCCAGAAAAAGUGUUUCGCCUCAAAGGUUCCGAUCACUCCCCCUUCUUUUCAAAGCCUCAGGCCCUACAUAAGUUACUAGUCGAAAUUGCAAAAAUCACAUAAACUUUAUACUUUAUAGAGAGGGGGGUGAUUUCUACACCACAAUAAUCCCGUAAUUACUUGGCCUGCCGCAACCAAUUUUUAUGGGUUUACCCUCAAAUGGAAGAGACAGAAUAAAAUGAGUAAAAUCAGUGGUGGUUGUGAUGCGUGAAGUAAUGAAUGUGGUGUACAAAUCAUGUCUUAAAGUGUUCUCAAUUUUAAAUGUUGCAGUUGCAUAGGUGUACAUGUGUUAUGUUCAAAUUUAUUUCUUAAAUUAUAAUAAAAAUAUAUCUCAUUUGUCAAAUUA